GUUCGAACACAUAUGUAUAUCUCGUUAUGUACCUACGUCUUCAAUGAUGCACCUCAAUUCAGGAAGGCCAGAUCGCGUAGUGGAGAGUAGAAACAGCGCGAGAGACUGAACAGUACGGCAGCCAACAAUGUUUGACUUCCUAGCUCCAGCCUCGCCGUUUGAUGCUCCGUCGCUGCUAUACCAGCUUCUAGACCAGCCCGUCAAGACGCUCAUCCGUGUCAUUGAUUUGUUUUGCAUGUGGCUACAACCUGCACCACGGCCCGGCCGACAUCCUAUCCGCGUGGUCUGCAUAUCAGACACACACUGUCUCAAAGCCGCUCAUGUACCAGACGGUGACCUGCUAGUUCAUGCAGGCGACCUAACCAACGCUGGCACACCAGCAGAAAUACAAGCCCAGGUUGACUGGCUCAACAGCCUACCGCACCAACACAAGGUCGUCAUUGCUGGUAACCAUGACACAUACCUUGACCCGCGGAGCCGGCAAACGCUAUCUCUCCAGGCCCGAGAAGGCGGCGUUGACUGGAAAGGGCUAUGGUACCUGCAGCAAUCUUCUGUCAGUUUGAAAUUCCACAGAGGCCAACGUAAAUUGAAAAUCUAUGGCGCCCCUCAGAUCCCAGCCUGUGGUGGCGAGGAGUUCGCCUUCCAGUACUCGAGGGGCGAAGAUGCUUGGAUAGACAGCGUACCAUUGGACGUAGAUGUACUAAUCACGCAUACGCCUCCAAAAUACCACCUUGAUUUACCUUCUGCUCUUGGUUGUGAGUACCUGCUGCAUGAAGUGUGGCGAGUCAGACCGACUCUGCACGUCUUCGGCCACAUCCAUGCCGGCAAGAGCGACACAUUCGGCUGGCUGAAGGGUGGAAGGGAGCUUGUCUGCUGGGACGAAGGGCAGAAGUGUCUUGAGCGGGCAAUGAGCCGGCCGGAUGGAUUGAUGAGAGGUCUUGUUGACCCACGAGGUUGGCUUGACGUUGUUCGAGUCACUGUCUAUGGCGUUGCGAGAGUGCUGUGGCAGACUGUCUGGGGUGGCAAGACCGACAGGACUUGCGUGGUCAAUGCGAGCUUGAUGUACUGCAAUACUGGACAGCUGCGGAACGCAGCGCAGAUCGUUGUGAUAUGACACGGUGCACGUUCUCAUGCUCUGUCCUCUUCUGAGACCUCCAACUGCGCUCAUAUUAGCCUGCAGUGUUUGCCGCUCAACCAUCUAUUUCAACCGAUACGGUCCUCAAGGUACCCACACUCUCCUCACAAAGCUCUUCGAAGCUCGUCCCUCUAGAGAUCGUCCUGUGUUACUCGCCGUGAUGGUCUAACUACAUGGCUCAUGAACGGCUGUACAAUCUACAUGGCCUGGAAUGAAACGUGGAUUCCGACUGACCAGUCGUUCGGAUCUGUACGAGCCAGACGCUACGCAUUCCCCUGCAGCACCUACAUAUCGACUUUAUUACUGUUCGGGUUUCAGACCCUUUCGGAGCAAGAGCAAAACAACCCCGGUAGAAAAGAGCACCCGCGACGGUGGUAUAAUUUGUGUAGGUUAUACUGGCCAGCGCGGCGGACGUCAUGGCAAACACUUCCUGUACUUCGGGACAUGAGGAUAGA